AUGUCCCACAGUCACGAUAACAGCGUUGGAGAGCGAUACCUGAAACUCUUACAACGAUCCGAGAGCGGCGAAACCAAUGCGGCCAAUGAUCAAGCACCAGCGAGUCAACUUCAAGACUUACGUAGAAGUAUGCAAUAUGCCAGAUCUACCGAAAGGAUGGACUAUGCCCCUCCGUCUGAGUCAUCGAGCUCCACCCGUAUUGUCAUAUCCACUGAUCAAACUACCACCAGUACUGGGUGGACCACCAAUACCACUGGACAACCGACCGCCACACAUGAUUCUGAUCCCUUCGGAGCUCUUCAAAGAUACCUUGAUCGACAAGAAGAAGCUAGAGACCACCUCACGGAGAUGGGUUUGCCUGAAAGAGUGGAUCAAGACGGUUGCAUGAUCGCUGCGGGAUUCGUCAGCGGUAUCAUUGGGAGUGAUACGGCAAGAGCAAGGAGAUGA